CCUUCUGGGGCUAGAGCAACUGGCCUUCCCAUCUUGGAUUUAGGCUCUGGGCUCCCCACAAGCAGCGUUGACUGCUGGCAGGGGAGGCAGGCGUGGGCGCAUUGAGUCCUGUCUGCUUUUGGAAGUGGAACUGGGAGCGCGUGGAGCAGACUGAGCGGGAGUUUUGGAGAGAGUUUGCAUGUGGUCAGCUUUGGGUUCUUAAGCCAGCCCCCAGCUCACAUUACACUCUAUUUAUAACCUCUCAGAGCCAUUUCCCCCUGAAAGCAGUUCUCUAGGACCACCUUCUUUUGGCUUCAACCUUUCUUACUUUUGACAUCUGAGUAGCUCAGUGGGAAGCCCUUCCAGAUUUGAGUGUUUAUAUGUUAAAGAGAUUGGCCCUAAAGCUCGGGACCCAGAUUUUCGAACUCUGCAGAAACGUAGGCAACUAUUGCUUUGUAAGGGGGUACUAGUCACACAGUUUCCAGUGAAAAGUGACUGUGUUGGCGCUUGGGACGGUCUUGAAGUCUUCUGCUGGAACCCGAAACUUGCACGCUAUGGAACACCCGCUCUUUGGCUGCCUGCGCAGCCCUCAUGCCACUGCACAAGGCUUGCACCCGUUCUCCCAGUCCACUCUCGCCCUCCAUGGAAGAUCAGACCAUAUGUCUUACCCCGAGCUCACCACUUCGUCCUCGUCUUGCAUAAUCGCUGGAUACCCCAACGAGGAGGGCAUGUUUGCCGGCCAGCAUCACAGGGGGCACCACCACCACCACCACCAUCACCACCACCACCAUCAGCAGCAGCAGCACCAGGCUCUGCAAAGCAACUGGCACCUCCCGCAGAUGUCCUCUCCCCCGAGCGCGGCUCGGCACAGCCUCUGCCUCCAGCCGGACUCGGGAGGGCCCCCAGAAUUGGGGAGCAGCCCACCGGUCCUGUGUUCCAAUUCUUCCAGCUUGGGCUCCAGCACCCCGACCGGGGCCGCUUGCGCACCUGGGGAUUACGGCCGCCAAGCGCUGUCACCCGCGGAGGCAGACAAGAGAAGUAGCGGCAAGAGGAAAAGUGAUAGCUCAGACUCCCAGGAAGGAAAUUACAAGUCUGAAGUCAACAGCAAACCAAGGAAAGAAAGGACAGCUUUCACCAAAGAGCAAAUAAGAGAACUUGAAGCAGAAUUUGCCCAUCAUAAUUACCUGACUAGACUGAGGAGAUAUGAAAUAGCAGUGAAUCUGGAUCUCACUGAAAGACAGGUGAAAGUCUGGUUCCAGAACAGGAGAAUGAAGUGGAAAAGAGUAAAAGGAGGGCAGCAAGGAGCUGCAGCUAGAGAAAAGGAACUGGUGAAUGUGAAAAAAGGAACCCUUCUUCCAUCAGAGCUAUCAGGAAUUGGUGCAGCCACCCUCCAGCAAACAGGGGACUCGCUAGCAAAUGAAGAUAGCCAUGACAGUGACCACAGUUCAGAGCAUGCACAUUUAUGAUACACACAGAGGAUCGUUCCAUUCUCAGGAAAGAAAUGUUGUGAUGGCGAGCCUUAUUCAAACAUCGUUUACACAAAGAGAUGACUAUGACAGCGAUUUAUAAUAUUAUUAAAAUCAGGCACCUUAAGUGCUACUUAUUAAAGAUGCUUCCACAGUGAAGAUAGAGAAGGUGAAAUUGCUUUGAAUAUUCCAGAUGUGUCAGUCAUAUAUAUGACAGUGAACAGAUGUGUUUGCUUUUGCUUGCACUGAAAAUCAAACCGCUAUCAGAAGCAAACCAUGAGAUACUUAAAUUCAAGAUGCCUCCAGAAUGAAGAUGCAGAAGAACUUGCUUUGAACAUUCCAGAUGCACAAGGUUAUGUGUGUAAUAGUGGGAAGGUAUAUGCUUUGCUCGCACUGACAAAUGCUAUCAAGAAUAAACCAUGAAACAUUUUAUCCUGAAUAGCCACAGUGCCUGAAAUCAGUUUAAAGUGGAUAAAAAUGUAUUUUUACUCUGUAUAUAUUAUCCUUAAAUCAUUUUCCUGUCUUCACUAAGUUUAGCAAUGCAUUCAUAUUAGCGGAUGAAAAUAGGCACUCCUGAUGACAACCAGAAUCAACUUCUUGUCUUUUUAUACAUUUUGUCAUUCCAGAAACAAUCAACACAUGCUUAUUUGUGUUCAAGUAGAAAAAAAAUACAUUAGGGUCUGACAGGACAUAUUCUUGCACCACAGACAAAACAAAUCUUAUGUUGCAUUUUCUAUCAACUGCUGCUAAUACAUUAUUAUAAAACUUACCCUAGCUCCUCAAUUCUUCCUAUCUUAUAGCUUGAAAAAAAUAGGAUCAUAAGAAAAUCAGUUACCUUGCAGAUGAGUUUUGUAUACCAGAUAUUGUCUGAUUUUAUCUUUAUAAACUGUUAACUAUUACAGAUAUGAUUUAAUUAACAAGAUACUGCUUCCUUUUACUUGACAACGGUGUUAGACAAUUUGCAAAGCAAAUUUGAUUUUUCAAGUUGUUAAAUGACAAUUACGAAUGUUCAAAUUAAUUUCAUUAAAACACAUUAUUUUUCAUUUAUUAAUGCAAAACAAGAAUCAUUGUAUUUGUAAUAAAAUGUUUAAUAAAUGAUCCGUUGUAAAUA